AAUGUGAGAAGUGGUGCUCGUUUUGCACAAAUAACCAGCAUUUGGACUCAUCAACAUAUUCACUACAUAUCAUUCCCAUUAUUGGCAUCUCCAUGGAUAUGCCCCAUGUCACAGUUGCUGCUCCGUCCGAGGGCACUCGAGAAUCCCGAAAAGACAGCAGCAGUCGAAGAGCUGCCGCAUGUCUGGUCUGUCGUCGAUCCAAGAUCCGGUGCGAAAAGGGGAAAGGCCAACAUAACGAUGAUGACCGAUGCCAACGCUGUCUUCAGUUAGGGGUACAAUGCAUACGCCCCGAGUUCCACGUGGGCAGGAGGAAGGGUGUUAAAAAUAAGCGCACUGGGCUGGAAAAGGCACUGCAUCAGGUCGAGCAGGCUGUUAAACGAUCAGGAGCCAGUCUGCACGGUAUUGAGGCCACCAAAUUCGUCUCCGAACUGAAGGUAAUCUUAGGCGCCGGCUCACUUACACCUCUCGCCGAUGGUGACCCUAAACAACCCAGAACUGGUCAUACAAGGACGUCCUCAGCCACAUCACGAAGGCCCAGUGACGUUCUCAUGGCGGAUGUAUCCGAUGAUUCCGGCGAUAGCUCCCUCUCAGAUCAUGACGACAUGAGCAUUCCGCAAGACUCUACGCCAUCUCAGAGCCAUGUGGCAGACGAGAGCCUUGCCGUCGAUGAUGCGGAAAAUCCCCUUCAGCUUCUCGCCCGAGCUUCUGACAUGCAUGUUUCUCCGAAGCCUGUUGGUGAGCUUUCCACUGCCGAGAUUAUCCACAGCCACCAACGCCCACGCCAGAAUAAGCAAUCCGAAAAGCUGUCCGAAGUCGAAAAGUUCUUCAAGUUCACUCAGUUCUCCCUUGACUGCAGCCCUGAUCUGGAUCCCAUCGACCUUGGCUUACUUACGUCGGAGGAGGCAGAGUCCCUCUUUGACUUCUUUCAUAAGAGUCUUGCCCACACCAGAUGGGGUCUGGAUCCAAUAUUGUACACGGCCUCCUUUACGCGCUCGCGUUCGGCCUUUCUCUUCACUUCCAUAUGUGCCGCCGCCGCCCUCUUUAUGCCAACACAGGGUGCCCUGUCGCGGAGGUUGUCCAAUCACUGUAAAACCUUGGUCAACAGGAUCAUGGUUGACCGAUACCGGUCCGUCGAAAUUGUCCUUGCUUUUAUGGUCAACGUCCCCUGGAUGUUUCCUGGCAAACAUAGCACCGACGACGAGACGUGCUGGUAUGUUUCCAUGGCCACCACCAUGGCACUGGACCUAUCCCUACACAAGAUCGUGGUUGCUAUGGAUGCCAUACGAGACGGUAGCUACAACGGGGGUAUCGCACGGGCAGACUGCAUUGACCCCAAAGUUGCAUUAUCUCUCGAUGGUUUUGGUGACGUUGAUUCCGAAUCAGAACUAGGGAGACGGCUGCUGCGGCGAAGGGAGAGAUGUUGGAUUGCGUUGUUUGUCCUAGAGCGAGGAAUGUGCUUAGCGCGAGGCAGAAGCUAUACCGUGCCUCUCACGCCCCUUCUUCGACGCUGCGAUGAAUGGCACAUGUCAGAUAUUGCGGACACCAUGGACGGGCACUUGGUGUCCAUGGCUGUCUUGCGGAGAGACUUGGACGAUUUGUUCAACUCCAUUCGGGCAGUUUGUGACGGAUCUCGUGAAACACUGGCAGACGGUGGCCUCAUUGCCCAAUCAAUACAAAUGUCGGUCGACAAGUUCUUUGAGCAAUGGCAUGCCAAAUGGACCAUACCCAUCGGCACCGGACCUCAACAUCGUCUCCCACCCUACGUCCAAAUCCUCGUCACCCACACCCGCCUCUCCAUCUACAGUAGCGUAAUCAACCACCCCACCGCGCCCACCGAAGUCCGCCACUUCUUCCACGCCGCCGGUCUCUCCUCCGCCCUGAACGUCAUGCGCUCCGCCAUCCAAGGCGAAGAGCAGCUCUCGAGCAUGCCCAACAACACCGCCAUCAUGAUCUCCUUCGCCGCCUGCUUCGCCCUCCGCCUCAGCGGCCAGCUCUCCGGCGGGACCUCCAGUCUGGCGCCCAGCGUCCGGACGCUGAUCGAGGAGACGGCGGGCGUGCUGGGACGGAUCGGCACCGCUACGGACCAUCGUAAUGGCAUGUCGACGCUGUAUGGGAAGUACUUGAAGUACAUCGUGAAGAAAGCGGCGGCGGCGGCGGCGACGUCGUAUGAGAACAUGGCUUCAACAGUGCGGCCGAGGAACGGGACAGCAAUGUCAUCUGACCGAGGCCCGCCCGUGGCCUUCUCCCGACAUGGUCCGUCCGCGUCGUCAUCAGCAAUGGCAUCAUAUCAGCGCAGCAGCCAGAGCCAGCAAGGAAGUAGUGGCAUUGGUAGUGGUUACGGCGGCAUCCCGACGGAUACUACUCUAACCACAACAGCAACAGCCGCCGGUACGUCGUCGGUUUUCGAGCCAUCAUCAUCAACCCCCUCCUCCUCCCUAUGGGCAGCAACCGAACCAAUCCUGCUGCAAUUCUCGUCCAUGUCCGACGACCAAAUCCGGGAGGCACUGAAUAACGAGUUUCAUGUUGAUCCGGCUACGGCGGCUUCCAACUCGAACUCGAACAACAACAGCAUGUACCACCACCACCAACACCAUGUUGGUGGCUCAGGCCUGUCGUUGCUGUGGGAUGAUGCUGCGGUUUUGCCGGAUUGGUUGAAUUCGGCGAAUCUGCCUGAGUUUGGGGUGUGAAUUAGGUUGGGUUAGGUGACUGGGUGAGUAAUGGUUGAUUGAAUGACUGAACUGGACGGGAGGUAUGUGAGGUGAGACAGAGGGAGGAGGAGGAGGAGGAGGAGGAGGAGGAGGAGGGUAGGUGUUCAUAAGGUACCUGGCGAUGUGCAGGAGGGAAGGAACAUCCCGAGCGAAUAUUGAAUAA